AUUGAGAGCUUUAAAAGGAUAACGACGAGGAUGCUCUUAAGUUCGCUAUCCUUCUAUGUGUUGCUUAAAAGUAUCAGUAAGAAGAUGAACUUUUCGAAGAAGUAUUACAGAAUUCAUGGUAUGCCACUUGCUAUGCAAGUGUGGCUUUAUGAGUGAGUUCCGGUGGUGAUUUAAAGAUUUCCCAAAAGCAAGGCAGCCGCAUACCCCGAUUGCUCAACUGGACGACUUUAGAAGCGCAUCCUCGAUAUAAGCCAUUAAUGAGAGGAAUAUUCAGGGACCUUAACAAUCAGUUGAAUUUCAAGAAUAUAACUCCUUCUCCAAGAGAGGUUGUAGUACUCCAGUUGCCGCCGGAGGGUAUUGAAAAACAAAUGGAAGAUAAGAUACCAGAUUCAUCUGAUUCUAAUUCCUCACCAAAAUCUGAUAAAAAUUUAGAUGACAACUUUCAGGAUGUACCGCCACCAACAGCAAAGGAUAAAGGAAAAUUCAAAGUUGGUUCUUCAUUGUCACCGGCUAAAAAGAGGAUGAAGCAGCAUUCGUCUUAUGUUGAAGAACAACCUGUUCAUAAGACUGGGUAUGUCCUUCCGUAAACACUCAGGGAAAAAGAUUCAACCAUCAAAGAGUGUGCACAAGCAACCAGAAGUGGCUGGAAAGAAGACUGUCACUCAUAUUUCUGUUCCAAAAAGACCACCAUCUGUCAAAAUCGAUACUCCAAAACAAAGUGAAU